UGGGUGCCUGGGCCCCGCCCAGGGGGCCCAAGAUCCUGCCGUUGGGCUCCGGGGGUUGCGAUGCCCUGGGCGUUGGGGUCACCCGCGGGCUCCUCUCUGCUGGCAUCCAGGACACGUGGGCACGCCAUCAAGGCCCGGGCUCUGGCCCUGCCCCGCCCCGGCCUCACCUGCACCCCAGGAAGUGGCUGUCCUGCUGACGCUCACCCCCGGAAUCGAAACCCAGCGCCCAGCACCUCCAGACCAGGCCUCGCUGCAAAGCCCCUGGCCAGGCCUGGGACUGCGGGGUUGCAGGCGGGCCCCGCGCUGGGGCUCCGUGGGCCGCAGGGACAGUGCAGCUGCAGCCGGAGGCCGCGCGAGACUCUCCGUGAUGGAAGCCGGGAAGCCACCCCGGCCGCCCCCGCCGCUGCCCCCACGGCUGGACUGGUUCGUGCACAUGCAGGGGGCCCAGCUGACCGUCGAGGGGAUCCCCGAGUGGUUCCACGGGACCAUCUCCCGAGAGGCUGCGGAGAAGCUGCUGGAGCCCCAGCCGGCGGGGUCCUUCCUCAUCCGGGUCAGCCACAGCCACGUGGGCUACGCUCUCUCCUGCAGAGCCCCGGGCUGCUGCCGCCACUUCAUGGUGAAGCUGCUGGACGACGGCCGCGUGUGCGGCCCCGACGGGGAGGCCCAUGCCUCGCUGGACGCCCUGGUCACCCGCCACCGGCGGACGCCGCUGCGGCCCCACGGGGACCUACUCACCCAGGCCUGCCCGCAGGAGGACCCCGCACACGCCGACUACGCCGACCUCCUCCUGCAGUGGCGCGCGCUGUCCGCGGCCAGCCCGGCGCUGGGUCCCGGGGACCCCCGCAGCCCUGCCCCGGGUCCCGAGGAGGGUCCCCGAAAGCCAGCGGCGAGCCCUCCGUGGUUGGAGCCCUCGUGCCCCGGCCCCCGGCAAGGCGCCCUGGCGCGGAGCGGGCGGAGCCUGCGGGCGCCGUCCGAGGCGGGCGGGAGCCGCCCCGCGCCCACCGCCCCGCCGCCGCCCCGGGACUCGGGGGCCUGGCCGGACGGCGCGGGGCCCCCACGCCCGCAGGGGGCCGCGAACCCCGGCCGCACGGCCGCCAGGACCCGCAGCUGGAGCGAGGUGGGCGCGGCGGUCAGCCGCUGGCAGCGCGCGCUGGCCCGGGCCUGGUCCAGCCCCGCGCCCGGGCCGCGGCCCCCCGAGGCCCCGCUCCCCGAGGAGUACGGGCGCCCGCCGCCCUUCGCCCCCGGGCACGAGGCGGCCGCGCCCGUGCCGCACGCGGGGCGGUGA